AUGAAUAAGAUUAUUUUAACUAUCUGCUUAAUUGGCUUCGCAGUUGCUUCAAAUCCUGUCGCUAUCUUCCACGGUUUCGGUGAUGCAUGUGCUAACCCUGGUAUGAAGUCCUUCACUAAGUAAAUUGCUGCUGGUGUUAAUGGAGCAUAUGUUAAAUGUGUUGAAAUUGGAAACGGUGCUAUGUCUAGUGUUCUUAUGAGAUUUGAUAAAUAAGUAGAAAAUGCUUGCAAUAGUAUUAAACAAGACCCUAACUUUUAAGGUAAAACAAUUAAUGUCCUUGGAUUAAGUCAAGGUGGUCUUAUCGCAAGAGGUAUCAUUGAAACUUGUGACUUUGGAGGCAGUGUUGCUCGUCUUAUUUCUAUUGGUGGUCCUCAAAUGGGUGUUGCUACUAUUCCUAAAUGCCAUAAGGGAAUUUUCUGUAACAUAUUAAAUGGCCUUGUUGAUGAUCUUGUUUACACUCCUCUCGCUUAAAAGACUGUUGGUCCUGCUGGUUACUUCAGAAACCCUAAGCAUUAUAACACUUAUUUAAAACACAGCAUUUUCCUUCCUAUUGUUAACAAUGAAAGAUAAGUCAAUCAAACUUACAAGGACAGAUUUGUUGCCCUCGAAAAAGUUUAAUUGACUAUGUUCAGCAAGGACUCCGUCAUUGAUCCCAAGGAAACUGCUUGGUUCUCCUUCUAUGGAACUGAUGGAAAAACUGUUGUUGGAAUCGAAUAACAAGAUGUUUUCACCUAGGAUUUGUUUGGUUUGAAGACAGUUUAUGAUGCUGGUAAAGUAGAAUUUAUAACUAUUGAUGGCGAUCAUUUAAGAUUCUCAACCGAAGACAUCCAAAAUAUUUACAUUCCUGCUCUCUAAUGA